AUGACUACCGUUAAACGAGUUUUGGACUCCCCGGUGCCCCCGGAAGACCCUGUGAAACGUAGAGGCUCUAAGCCAGGUCGCAAACCACUCGAUACAGAGGCCAAAAACAAGCGCACAGCCCAAAACCGGGCUGCUCAACGAGCGUUCCGCGAACGUAAAGAGCAGAAAAUGCGUGAGCUGGAGGACAAGGUGCUGCGGCUUGAACGUGUGCAGCAGCAAAGCGAAAUGGAAUCCGAUUUUUUGCGUGGCCAGCUACAGCAGCUCGUCACGGAACUCCAGCAGUAUCGGCCCCAACAGGCUUCGGACUCGCAUGUGCUCCAGUAUCUUGCCAAGUCCGAGCAGCUGCAAAAACGGCACGAACACCUUCGUGGCCGUUCUCACAGUGGCAGCGUCAGUCGCAGUCGCAGCAGAAGCCGCUCUGAUGGUAGAAAUACUAGUAAUACCACGCCUACGGAUGCUAGCGAAAAUUCGAGUCCGGCGGUCGAUGACACCAAGAUCAAUGAAAACAUGAAACGGAAAAUGAGCUUUACUUUUGAAUACCCCAGAGUUUCCGACGCAUCGCCGGUUGAAAGCGCUUCAACAGCGGCAUCUUCUGGUUUGCCUCCAAACAAGUCCUUGCCAUUUUUGGCUCCAACUCCCAGCAGCUCCUCCGGAUCGUUGGAUCUCUUUAGCUACAACAACACCAGUGACAAUCAAAGUUUACCAAAGUUCACACCUUCCACUAAUUCGAACAGUCUGAGUAAUGAUUUCGACUUCAACUCUCACUUUGAUGAGCAGGUGUCGGACUUCUGCUCUCAACUCAAUGAAGCAUGUGGAACUCGUGAGUGUCCGAUGCCUAAGAAAAACAGCCCUUCUUCGCAAUCGUCGCCAAUCAUACAGCGGUUGCAACAAUCCCGAAUGCCGUCCGUUUCUUCGCGUUCCGGUUCUUCUGUGAAAUCUCCUAACACAACACAACAGCUGCCGCAGGCGGCACAGCGACAGCAUGUUAAACAAGAACCGGAACAAUUGACACUUACAAAUUCCUGGGAUUCUCCCCAAUUUGGGCAAAGCGCUUUCAAUUUGGAAGCCGAAGACCCCAUCAACAAAUGGAUGUUUGGAGGUGCAGAUUUCUCGAAGAUCAGUGGCGUAGUAAAGGAACCGUCGUUUAGUGCGGAAUCUUUACCUUUUAUCGACACUUCUCUUGCUUUCCCCUCCGACCAACAAGAUCAUUUGUUCAACCACAAUUCUGAUGACGUUCUGACGCAGUUCUUCGAAGAAGAUCCUACAGUGAAUCAAUUAACCACCGAGGAAAGUAGUUAUGAUCCUUUCAGACCAAACUUAGAAUCGAUAGCCGGGAAGGCUGCUUCGAGCUCAGACAUUGCAGGCUCAACUCAUUCAGCCUCUGAGUCAAGUGUAUCUACUGCGAUCACUGUGCCCGAUCAACAACUCAUAGAGAAGGCUUCUGCUUCCUCUUCAGCGUCAAUUGAUGGAGGAGCGGAUUUAGUCGAAGACGUUGUUCCUUCGCGCGAUGGGGAGAUGCUCAAAUGCUCUGAAGUUUGGGACCGUGUUACUGCACAUCCUAAAUACUCGGAUCUCGACAUUGACAGUUUGUGCUUCGAGCUGAGAACGAAGGCUAAGUGCUCUGAAAGGGGAGUUGUGGUCAAUACAGAUGAUGUCCAGAAGGCACUGUCAAGACACAUGACUUGA